AUGUCUCAACCUCCAACAUCGCGGCGGUAUCAGCAACAUAGAAGCCGAAGUGCUACGCGAUCUACAAGGCCGACAGUCCCACAAUAUGAAAGUAGAUCAUCAAUCAGUGGAAAAAGCAAAUCUCGUCAAUCACCAAAGGCGGGCCCACCGUCUCCACUGAGCCACACCCACCGGGCCCAAAGUUUCGAUCAAUCAGUUAUAAGUGCACCGCCAUCGACAACAUCGAGAAGAUCUUCGAGUGCACAACGAUUUCCGCCACAGCCAAUAAGUAUCCCACAACAUAAACGACCAAGUCAUGGUAGCCUGUCGGGCAUUUCGACAACUCGGCAAUCUAGCACCGCCUACGAAAAUGGAUCUAUCAUUUCCGCUCCAAGUUUCAAUUCCCAUCAUUCGCGUGAGAUUCGAGAGCCAACGAAUUCCAGACCUGCUCCACCAAAAAGAGUUUUCAGAGAUCAAUCACCUGUCAACAGCCGAAGAUCGCCAUCUGAAAAAUCAAUCAAGGCAACAAAGGCUACAAGAAAGCUCAUAGAAGAGUUGCACAAAGCUUCGGAAUCAUUCAACCUGGAUCGACGCAUCGUUGCGAUAACCAAUGCCUGUGCAGAAUUCGACCAUGACGAUGACUUGAAGCAUAACACGGAGCUUCAAAAUGGAGCUGCACAGGUCCUAGCAAAAUCUUUGAGCACGACAGAUGAUGACGACGAAAUUCGCAUGGUAUGUGCUGCCAUAGAAAUGGUAUUUCGAGCACAGGGACCAUACGUGCACGUUGCUUUUGACAAAUGUGGAACAACGAUGGUCCCUAUUUUAUUAAGACUUUUGGAACGGGCAGAAAAUGGAAGCAUGAAACAUGCUGAUGUAAGCAUUCUUAACAUUACAAAGACACUCCUCUAUGUGUCACGAAUCAAUGAGCUCCGGUACAACCUCGCACGGCAUGCAGGGAUGAUGGACGCAAUGCGUCGAGUCGCGACCUCCAUUCUGAAUCCAGAAUGUCGAGUGGCGCGAGUACGAGUCAUUGCGAACUUGGCAAACUGUGAUGAUAACAAAGGCUUGGUUUUGCAACACGACGGGCUCCUUGAUAGUCUAUUACGUAUCGCACAUUUGGAUCUAUCUGAUUCCGCCCGUGAAUUUGCUGGGAUGGCCUUGAUGGACAUGGCCUCUGCUCCUUGCAACCAAAUUCCAAUGGUCAAGAAUGAAAAGGUGCUAGGAACUCUUGUCAAGAUGGUACUAGUUGAAAAAGGACCAGGAACUAGAGAAGCAGCAAUCACAGCGUUGCAGAAUCUUGCAUUCACCAAAGAAAAUAGGCUCAAACUAGCUAGCUUUAAGGAGGGCAUCGUUCUCGAAGCUCUCAAAAAAGCUCUGAGUGGGGACAAAAAUGUCAAGGCGCGAAGGCGCGCUGCAGGUGCAUUGACAAAUCUUGCAUGUCAGACCACAUCGAAGGUGAUGGGUUGUCACAAAGGACUGCUUGAUACUCUUGCAAUCGUAUCAACGAGAGAUGAAAAUUCGGAAGUGCAAACGCGAGCAGCAAUGGCGUUGACAAAGCUUGCAGCAAAUAUCUCAAUACAUAUGCCUUGCUACGAGACUCUUCUUGAUGCUUUAGUGGUUGCAUCGCUGAGUAGUUCUGUGAACAGUGUCUCUGCCGUUUUGCGAGUCAAGGCCAGAGACCCAGAAAACAGGGCAAGUAUGGUGAGACAUAGAGGUAUACUCGACACAUUGGCAGAUAUUAGCGUGGAUCCUAGAACUCAAAUCAAAGACAAAGAUAAUGCCAUGCGAGCAAUCAUGCACCUUACAAAUGAGAGCAAAAAUCGAACUGUGAUGUGCACCAAAAAGAUUCUCGAUGCGUUAGUGGCUGGUGCAAACAGUUGGGCGCCAGGAAUGGAAGAAAUUAUGGAUUCUGCUGUUCGGGCUAUUGAAAGGCUUGCAACGGAGCAUUCGAAUAGGCCAUUUAUGGCGAGGCACGAAGGUCUAUUGGUGGCAGUUGCAGCUGCAACGGAACGCGAGACAAUAUUGGAAGACUCUGGAGCUCAUCCUGGACGAGCUUUCCUGGCAAAACCACUGCUGAUGAGUCUCCUCGUGGCAAUGUAG